AUGUCAGACAAGAUCCCUGUUCAAUACUCUGUUGACCUCUCCACCAACCCAUCCCUAUGGGAAGAUCCAAACCACCCAGAGUCUGGGUUUCGCGAUGUCAGUAAAGUUGAUGUUAUCUUCAUUAACAUCAAUGCCGCCUCAGACUUUCGCCUUCUUCGUACCGGGACCAACGAAUCAAUCGACUAUACAAUCAAACAAGUCACAAAACAUAUUGCCCGUGGGCUUUAUCGGGUUAUCAGUUUGAACGUCAGCGAGUAUUCUUGUGUGGUUGUUUUUUCGACAGAGAAAUCGCGUGAGGAGCUUAUGUGGAAAAAUGGAUUUCCGUGGGACAGUGAGAGAGACCCUCAACCAGAGGUUGUCCUCAAAUGA